UAUAGAAAGUGAAUAUAGCAAAACAAGGGAAUAAAUCUGAAUAUUUUAAGAAAUUUCAGAUUUUCACACAGAGAAAACAAAGCUAAGUUUUCCUACAUAUAAAAAUUGUCUAAAAAUGGUUAUUGGUUUUACACAGAAUCAUUUAAUUUUAAAAAUUAAUACCAUAAAUGUACAUAAAACUACAUUAGAAAAACAACUGGAACCUCUCAGCAGUCAAAUCCUUUUCUUUCUUUCUUAUUUUCCCAUAAUAUUAUGAAAUUUAUUCCUAGUUUGUAUUUUUAUCUUGUAAUAGAGUUUUUUCAUUAUUCACUUCUUUCCUUCUCACACUAUAAAACCCCUCCCAAAGUUUUACUUCUUCCUCCUCUCUCUCCAAUACAUCACUCGCUCUCUUCAUCGCAUCAUCCUCUUUCGACCAUCUUUACUCUUCUUUUUUUUCAGUUUUCUCAACAAUAUUAAAACCUGUUGUAUCAUUUUUUUCAAAUACUCAUGUUAAGAAAGAUAAGAUCUUGAUGUUCAGACAUUAAUGUCUCCAGUGAUUAGCGAAGCACUUAGAUCUGGCUUAACUAUAGAUUCAUCUCUUAGACGCAGGACCCAUCUUGUUCAAUCUUUCUCCGUCGUUUUUCUUUACUGGUUCUAUGUUUUCUCAGAAAUCAUCUCUCCUUUAGCCAUAACAUAUAGCCUAUAAACUAUAUAUUAUAUCACUUUUCCAGAUAGCUUUUGCUUAACCUUAAUCAUCAGGGUCUUGCGUCUUUUCAGUUGAACUAGUAUUUUCGUGUUUUUGUCUUUUUAAAAAAAAAAAAUUAAUUUGGGUAUCUGUAAUGAUGAAUAAACCGGAGAUGAGACCGUGUCUGACCUGUAACUGGUCGCCGGUUCUACCGACCAGUUUACCAAACUCCGAUCGCGUGCAACGUGAUCUGAUCAACGAGCGGAAGAGGAAGAGGCUGGAGUCCAACAGAGAGUCGGCGAGGAGGUCGAGGAUGAGGAAGCGGGAGCAUCUGGUGGGUCUAACGACUCAGCUCGAGCAGCUGCGCAAGGAAAUCCGCAAGGCCACCACCGAGGUCGAUGUCACGACGCAGCACUACACCAAGAUGGAGGCGAAGAACUCCGUUAUGAGAGCUCAGGUGACGGAGCUAAACCAUCGCCUGAACUCCCUCAACCAGAUCAUCGCUUUUCCAGAGUCGUACUCCUCCGCCGCCGGAGGAUUCGGGACGGUGACGGGGGGCACCGCCGCCGGAGGUUUUGGGAUGGAGACUGCUCCCUCCGCUGCCGGAGGAUUUGGGAUGGAGACUGCUCCCUCCGCUGCCGGAGGAUUUGGAAUGGCGACUGCUCCCUCCGCCGCCGGAGGUUUUGAAAUGGCGACUGCUCCCUCCGCCGCCGGAGUAUUUGGAAUGGCGACUGCUCCCUCCGCCGCCGGAGGUUUUGGUAUGGCGACUGCUCCCUCCGCUGCCGGAGGAUUUGGAAUGGCGACUGCUCCCUCCGCCGCCGGAGGUUUUGGGAUGCCGACUGCUCCCUCCGCCGCCGGAGGAUUUGGGAUGGCGACUGCUCCCUCCGCCGCCGGAGGAUUUGGGAUGGCGACUGCUCCCUCCGCCGCCGGAGUAUUUGGAAUGGCGACUGCUCCCUCCGCCGCCGCCGGAGGAUUUGAGAUGGAGACGGGCUACACCGCUGCCGGAGGAUUUGGGAUGGAGGCUGGUCAGGGAGGAGGAGGUGGAUUUUACGACGAUGGCUGGAGCAGCGGAGGAGGAGGUGGAUUUUACGACGAUGGCUGGAGCAGCGGAGGAGGAGGUGAAUUUUUCGACGGAGCGAUGGACCCUUUCGAUCUAGGGUUUUAUGACGAACCACCAAACAUGGCUUCUGGUUCGACUGGUGUUGGUGAUGUUCUCAACCGUUGGUAAACUCAAUGUCACAAUCACCAUCAUCUAGAGAGAGACGAAUAUGACUGACAUCAGGGUGUAAACUUGUAAUAAUCUUAUUAUAGAUGAUGUGAUGCUGGGUGUUUAGAUUAUAAGAUAAAGUUAACUAAGGCUUAACCAGUGUUGUAAUGAACAUAAAUGUGUAGUAUGAAGAUGGUGAUGUGAUUGUAAUUGGGGGAUAUAUUAUUUAAGUUUUUUUAAAUUAAUGAUGAAUAAAUAUUAUAUAUUGACC